AUGGAGCGUUUAGUGCUGGCCUUGUUGUCCACAGCGCUAGCUGGGACGCCCAUUGCGCUAGUCUUUGAGUCGAAUGGGUACGUGGCGGAUUUGGCCACGCAUGUGGGUGAGAAGGUAGCUCUACGGCACUGCUCUUCAUUUAAAUGCGAUGAGCUUCACAGCAGUGCCAGGAGCGAGGUAGUGGCAGUUGUUGGUAUGCCUCGAAACAUUAGCAUAUUACAGCAGCUGCCGGGCUUGAAGCUUCUUCAAAGCUCUCACUAUAUGUAUGCUCGCUUGGGCUCAGUUCCAGCACAAGCCACGGUUGCCAAAUACGAUGUGGCAUGGCACCAGUACGGGGUAGAGCCCAUUGCGGAAUUUGUUAUUGCAGCUGCUUUUCAAUGGACUUAUAGAUUGCCCUCAACUUCUAGAAGAUUCACGUCAUGUGCAUUUGGCACUGGUGCACCCUCGGAAUGUCCAUCAGACUCCAGCCUCACAGCUCAUCCAACCUUGAUGAACAAAACCAUGGGCGUGCUGGGUUAUGGAAACAUUGGUCAGGCAGUUGCCAAGAGAGCCAGUGCAUUGGGCAUGAAAAUCUUAGCUACCCGCCGUCAUGGCCCCUUCUCGUCCUGGCUCAUCAACGACAAUGACAAGCUCCUGGCCGAGAGCGACUUUGUGGCGGUCACAGUCCCUGGCUCCGUGCGUGGAUUGAUCAACAGGACAUCUUUGGCGCUUAUGAAGAAAGAUGCCGUUUUGAUUCCGGUCUCCGCCAAUCCGGUGGAUUUUGAUGCGCUGUACGAGGCGCUCCUAACUGGUUCAAUGGGAGCAGUGCUAGAUGUAUGGCCGCAAGGGUGCUGGCACUUUCCCGAUAUGUUCUGUGGGCCCCCGUACACCGAACAGGCACAACCCUAUUCUGAUGACAUCGCCAACUUGCAAAAUGUCUUGCUUUUGCCAGGAGUUGCCAUGAGGGACGAUCGCUUUUGGUCCAACAGUGCAAAGUAUGUCGGGGAGAACCUGGUUGCCCUGGUCAACGGUGCACCAUUGAAAGGAGUGGUGCGCAAUGCAUCAACCAAUGCACUACGCCCGACCAAGCUGAGCUUUGUUUGA